AUGGUUGACCUCCAUUCCCUCCCAAACGGCUCUCGGCCAGACAAGGCAAUCCGUAACAACGGGCCGGACGACCUAGCUUUACAACGUUACAAGCUGCGCGAACUGGCUGAGGGUUGGCCUUGUUACAGAGAUGCGUGUGAAUGGGAGAACUUUGCGUCAAUCUUCCACCCGGACGCUUACGUCUACACGACAUGGACCGGUCGAACGCCGUACCGAGACUUCAUCGAGGCCUCGAAACGGGGAAUGGAUAACGGCGCAUUCAUAAUGCACCGCGUGCAAGGGUCGACGACGGACAUCAACCUCGGAGGCACACGUGCCGUGACCAAGAUGAAAGCUGCCAUCACGCAGCGAUUUGACCUCGACGGCGUGGAGGUCGACGCGGAAUCAGACUGUCGCUUCUGCUUUUUCUGGGAGAGAGACGCGGCCACCGGCGCGUGGGCUGCUCGCUUCGUCCGGCACUGGUAUGAAAAGGACAAAUUAAUCCCGGUCAACCCGUCCAAGGUGCCAGUGCUGGACGACGAGAAGUUGAAAAAGUAUCCUACUGGGUAUCGCUAUCUGGCAUACUGUCAAGAGGCUAUCAUGGGCGUCAAAGUGAAACUGGACAUGCCCGGACAUCGACGCGAGGGCGACAACGACUGUGGCCGAGCUCAUGACGAACUGUAUUGGCAAUGCAAGAAAUGGGUAGAAGGCGGAGCGGUGGACUUAUAG